AUGGGCCUUUCACUGAACAAAUGGAAAGCUAAGGUCCUCUUACAACCAGGUCCCACAGCAAACCCUGAGAUUAGGGUCAUGGUUAACCAGACAGCAGUGAUCCCCUUAAUCCUAUACGCUUUGGAAUAUGGCGCAUCCUACAACAGGUAUCUGAAAGCACUGGGACGAGGUAUAGAGUGGAAAGAGAAACUGUUGUUGGAGAUGUUCUGGCUACAGAAGAUUGUUGAAGUGGGAGCAAAUCAGGAGCAGUUCCAAUGGGAUGGACAAUGGAAGAGGAUGGUGAGCCUGGCCAUGUCCAAAGCUGCAGACCAGCCACUGCACAGGUUUCAUCAGCCACAUUGUCUGCGGGCAGUCCUUGUCCCCAAGGAGCCUACCCUACAGCCUCUGUGGACCUUGGAUGACAUCAGAUCUGAGUACCACAUGAGUGUUAUCAGUGGCAUCCUGCACCUGUGGGAAACCCGAGUUCUGGGCAAAUCCGAUCGCUCUUGUAUCCUGGUUGUCCUGAUCCUGGGCAAAAUGCACAAAAUUAUGUGCCCUUGCAAAGGUGGUCUCCAUGACCUCAUAGACACAGACCACACAAUCCAUAACCAGGAAGUCAUGGAUACUAACAUGGGAUUCCAGCCAAGUGUAUCCAACCCACAGCUCAAAACGGAGCCUCUUCAACCAGAGUUACAAACUGGAACAAAUCCACAUGACCCAGUGGAAAGAAAUGAAACUACAACUGAAGAAGAACUGAAUUCAGUCCAAACAGACACUUCAAUUCCUGCAAACAACAAUUCUAAUGUAAAUACUCAGAAAUGUAAUCUAAAUGUAGAACUCUUAACUGAACUGGGAUUAGAAAGCAAGAUAUUGUCCCUGAGUGAUGUCCUCAACAUAAGCAGAGAAACACUUCAAAAUAAGUCCUACGAUUCACCUCAGGAUAUUCCAGGAUAUUUUCUCCAGAAUUUAAUGAUGGUCAAUUCAGAGGCAAGAAAUUUGAAUACAAACCAACUCACACAAAAUCAGUCAGAACUGGAUAACUUGGAUUGUUUUUCUCUGGAUGAAACCCGUCAAGGUUUAUACCAUCCUUUGGAUAUCAUUGUGUCUAUUUUCCUGUGUGCUGACCCAUCUCUCCAGCAGGAGCUGAUGUUGAAGAUGUCCCUGUGCCAGUUUGCAUUGCCACUAUUAUUGCCUACUAGUAACAAGGGCUGCACUUUCCUACUGUGGGCCCUGCGCUCCAUUGUGAAGAAAUGGCGUCCACUCUCACUCCAAGAUAGCACGGGGUUUAAGGAGGUAAGCAUGGUGACUGCCAGAAUCCCAAUCUUUUCCUUCAUUCGAUUUGGUUCUUGUUCUCUCGCCAAAUCUGAGAUUCUAAAUAAAGUCCUCAGUCCCUCACAGCAACAUCACAACUUCUUUGUCCAUUACAAUAUGGAAUGUGGUGAUUUACCUCAUAGGAUUUCUGAUGGUCUUGUUGAACUGUGCUGGUACCUGCCCAGUGGGAGUGAGGAAUUAGAUAUUUUCCUGGAGUCAAUGACGAUAUUAAACCUUCGAGGUGACGCUAAAGAGUUCCAGACACGGGUUCAAUUUCUGGCAAACGUCUCUUCAGCUGUUUUUAUCUUGAGCGAUAAUGUUGACAGCAGUUUAAGCAAAAGCCUGAAAUCACUCGUCCAGUCUCCAGCGAAAGAUAGUCAGGGCCCCAGGAGUCUGGAGGAACUGACAGUAAUCGCAAGGGACAUGGGAAUUGAAACAGAUGAGGAUGACAAGCUGUGUUCACAAGGGAAAGCAAGAUCUGAAAACAUUUAUAAAGGUAUCAAAGGAGAGGCCAUUAGUAAAUACAAAUUAGAACAUUUCUCUUUUCAGGGUCUCACUUGACAAUAGAUUUCCAAAAUAGAAAAAAAUCAAUGUCAUCCAAAACAGCAAGAGAAGGAGUCGACCCAAAAGUAUUGUAAUGAUCUUGAAGAAGAGAAGAAAAAUCUUCGAAAUAAACAACAAGAGAAAGGCAUAUCAGCUAAUAUGAAAACAUUCAUCACAGCUCUAACAGACAGGGAUGAGAGGAAAUAUUUCUUGCAAUGGAUGAAACUCAGGUUGGAUUCCAGAUCGAGAGACACUCUCUCUGUUUUACGUGAAAAGUACAAACCUCUGAUUGAGAAAUCACAGGAUCAGUCAACAAAGCAGAAAGACUCCCCAACCAACAACAAACAGUUACAGGAAUUAGACCAACAGAUAACUGGCAGCUCCCUGGGACUCGAACAUUUCAUGCGAGAAAUCGGACUGGUCUAUGAAACAUUUAUAAACCAGAGUAAUUGGAACAUGGAAGAGAAAUGCUUUGUGCAAAAAUUACCCGACAUUGCCGCUGAUCUGAUGUUGGAUGGGUUCCCUCUGGAGCUCAUCGAUGGAGAUGUUUCCAACAUCCCUUUACAGUGUGUCACUGAUGUACUGAAGGCCGUUGAACACAGGAUUGGCAAAGGGACCCGUGUGUUUGUGCUGACGGUGCUGGGUGUACAGAGCACAGGCAAUUCCACACUUCUCAACACCAUGUUUGGUUUGCAGUUUGCUGUGAGCAGUGGCCGGUGUACCCGUGGGGCCUUCAUGCAGCUCAUUAAGAUUACAGGAGAUCUACAGACUGAGCUGGGCUGUGGGUACGUCAUGGUGAUCGAUACUGAAGGGCUGAAAGCACCAGAACUCUCGAACAUUGACAGCAGCUAUGAACAUGACAAUGAGCUCGCUACCUUGGUGAUCGGGUUAAGUGAUGUAACAUUGAUAAACAUGGCCGUGGAAAACUCCACCGAGAUGAAGGAUGUGCUGCAGAUAGUGGUCCAUGCAUUUAUACGAAUGAGAGAAGUGGGGAAAAGGCCGGUUUGUCACUUUAUCCACCAGAAUGUGAGCGAUGUGUCUGCUCAUGAUCAGAAUAUCCGAGGCCACAAACAUCUGCUGGAACAGCUGGAUGAAUUGACACAAACAGCAGCUAAAAUGGAGAAACAAGACUGCCGGUUCACCAAGUUCUCGGAUGUGUUGGAGUACGAUGCAAUGGAGAAUAACUGGAAUAUUCCAGGCCUAUGGCAUGGGAAUCCACCCAUGGCAGCUGUUAAUACUGGCUACAGUCACAAGGUGUUUGAGCUGAAGAAAAGGCUUUUUGAGAAUCUGAAAGAGAAGAAAAAUAAAGGGAGAAUGUCAACCAUCUCUGAGUUUAUCGAAUGGACUGAAUCUCUGUGGAAGGCAGUGAAAUAUGAAAGUUUCAUUUUCAGUUUCCGGAACAGUCUGGUAGCCAAAGCUUACAAGGAACUUUCUGUCAAAUGCUCCGAUUUGGAGUGGAAACUGAGGAAAGAGAUACAUUCCUUCCUGGAAAAGGCACAGAACAGAAUUUUUAAUACCAAACAGGAUCCAGAAAGCAUAGCGAAAAAUUUGAAAAGAGAAUGGAUUGUAUUUCUCAAUGAAAAGAAAGAAAGUUCUCUCCAACAAUUGGAGGAACGUUAUUCCACUGGCAAUAACUCAAACCUGGUUGAAAAAUACAGACAGGAUUUUGUCAGUAGCAUCGACUCCCUGAUCAUUGAACGUAGGAUGUAUGUGGACAGGAAGUGUGAUGAGGCAGUGAAGAGGUGGAGGGCUAUGCAGAAGCUGAAAGAUAUUAAGGACAAUUAUCAGAGUCAAAUUGAAGAAAAGGUUAAUAAACUUCUGAAACAGUGUAAACAGGAAAAUAGGAAAAUGAAUCAAACAGAACUGGAGGAAGCUUUUGAUGAGAUAGCAGAUUUUAAACCUCACAUUUGUGGAUUUGCAGUUAAAAAAUAUGAAGAAAUGCAGGAAAGUUUCUAGAAGAGAAAUGAUCCUCUGGAACAGCUAGGAAAGGAGAAAGCAGCUUACUGCCAAAACUUUAAAGAUAUCUACCAGGAGAAAGAUCAAACCAAGCAGAGGGCUGAACUGUUCUAUGAAAAUUGCCUGGUCCCAGCCAUAAUCCAAGCUGUGGAAAGAAAACUGGGAUUGGGAAUUGUUCAGCACAUGAGGCACAGCGGCAAAGGUGGGAAAUUCUUGUACCGGAAAAACUUCCAAGUGGCUCUGAUGUUACUUUUGAAGAGGAUGGACAUGUUUUUCCUAUAUUAUACUUAUAUACAACAGACUGAGUCAUUUGAAAAAGAUUGCCUUGAGGAAGAAGUUAUACAGCACUGUGCAGCCACAAAUGAUAAACCAGUUCCUCCGCUGUGCUCUCUUGCGCUGGAUAUUCUGAGCGGGGUUAUCAAUCGGGUGAGGGAAGUUCUCGAGGAGAGAACACCUCCAAUUAACGAGAAUUCAGUGGCCAGUAUUAUUCAGGAAUUUAAAGAGAAGCUGGAUCCAUCCAGUGAAUUGUACACAAUGUUAUGUGGCUGUGGGGAGAGGUGUCCAUUCUGUGGUGUCCUGUGUGAUUGUACCAACAGGGAGCACUCACAGCACAGUGCUAUAUAUCACUGGAGCCAAGGGCUGAAUGGAUCCAGUUGCCACAAUACUGAAAAACUGAUAUCAGCUAAUUGUACAACAAAUGUUACAAGCAAUUAUUCUUUUUGUAAUGGAGAUACUGAAUGGGUUCUUUACAAAGAAUACAGAGAUGUCAAUGAGCAAUACAGUCACUGGAAUAUUCCUACUGAUACCAGCAUUGAAACAUCAGCCUACUGGAAAUGGGUUUUCUACAAAUACAAUGAAGAUUUGGCUGGGAUUUACACCUGUAAACCAGCAGAUGACAUUUCCAGUUGGAAUGUACAAUCGGAUGAGGUUGAAAAAGACAUUGAAGAUAAAUACAAUGUGAAUGUUAGUGAGUUCAAUUAA